GCCCCACUCUGUUCAUUCUCUCACCGUACAUCGAAGAAUCACAAGUGUUUCGGACUUUCUGUUGGCAUUCGCGCAGAGAAAUAUUGUGAUUAUGGCAGGAAAUAAUCUAACGGCCGUUCUCUAUGGAAUCAACGAUAUUCGAAUGGAGAACACUGCUAUCGAGGAGCCCGGGGAUAAUGACGUUCUAUUGGAGAUGGGGUGCGUCGGAAUCUGCGGAUCCGACGUCCACUACCUGGUGAACGGCCGAAUCGGUGACUUCGUUGUAAAAGCACCGAUGAUAAUAGGCCACGAGUCUGCGGGGACUGUCGCUAAACUCGGAAAGAAUGUCAAGAACCUGAAGAUUGGCGACCGGGUGGCCGUUGAACCCGGCGUGCCUUGCAGAAUGUGCAGCUACUGCAAAGAGGGGAAGUACAAUCUCUGCCCGGAAAUGGUCUUUUGCGCGACGCCACCGGUUCACGGAAGUCUUCGGAAAUUUUACCGACACGCCGCUGACUUCUGCUUCAAAUUGCCCGAUAACGUGAGCCUCGAGGAGGGCGCGCUCCUGGAGCCCCUGUCGGUGGGGGUUCACGCGUGCAAACGCGCGGGGGUCGCAAUUGGAUCGAAGGUGUUGAUUCUGGGAGCUGGACCCAUUGGUCUCGUUUCCUUAUUAGUCGCUAAGGCAAUGGGGGCCAGUAAGACCCUCAUCACUGACAUCGUCCCAGGACGAUUGCAGACGGCGAAAGAAUUGGGCGCUGAUGAAACGCUUCUGGUCAAGGGUCUCUCGGAGACCCAGGUCGUCGCGGAGGUUCAUAAACUCCUCGGAGGGGAGCCUGACAAGACUAUCGACGCCUCCGGGGCUGAAUCGACUAUCAGAACCGCCAUUUUUGCUACCAAAUCGGGUGGAGUUGUAGUUUUGGUGGGAAUGGGCGCUCCCGAGGUAAAAAUUCCACUGAUAAAUGCUCUAACUCGCGAAGUGGACAUUCGCGGAGUGUUCAGAUACGCUAAUGACUAUGCUGACGCCCUGGACCUCGUGGCUUCCGGCAAAAUCAACGUGAAACCCCUCAUAACGCACAACUUUCACAUGGAAAAAACCGUCGAGGCGUUCGACGCAGCCAAGUCGCCGACCAGUGGAGCAAUAAAGGUCAUGAUCCACUGCAAAUAGGUCGCGGAGAUAACGAUAUGUUCAAAUGACUGGAAUUAAUCCAGUAGGGGUAGGACAAGACGAUUAAUUCCAAUUCGAGAUAAGAGAGUUAGUUGAACAAUGUGUGAAAAUGGGGCUGUUAUCGUUGAAUGCAGCAUGAGAAUUUGCUGGGGAUAUAUAUAUUGUUAAUGAGAGUGAAAAUAGAUUUAGAAAUUAGAAAAAGGAAAUGUGAAUGAGGAAUUUUUUCCUUUGAGAUUGAAUGUUACGAUUGUAAUGGGUUUGGGAAAAAGCAUUUUUUUAAAUAAAGUUGUUCUUAGACUAA